AUGAAGACAUGCAUUUUUUUAAGCGUGCUUGCUGUGCUGCUAGGGAUAUGCAGGGCCAUCUCUUUUAUGGAUUCGAUUGAGUGCCAAAGGUCUGUAUUGUGCGGCGUAGGAAAGCCCCAUGUGGUAGUAAACACCAACUGGGUAGGAAACCCGAUUUAUUUAUACAUGUGCAGCCAUUUGGGGUACAUGCACAACAUGCGCUUUUUUUCGCCGUGGAUACAGACCAAAUACACUAUCGUGCCGUCUGGGCCCGAAAGCCCCGGCGAGGACGAAUGCAUAUAUAUAAGAGAGCCGCAGGGCGACAGCGUCCACGCGUGCACAAAAGAAAGAGAUUGCAACUCAGAGUACGUGCAGGAGUAUUACACUGCGCUGCUCCGGAUGUUUCCGUCGCUAACCGGGGACUGUCUCUCCAUUGAGGCCGUGCGCAGGGACUCUCUCACCGCCUUUCUGGCACAUAGCUGCAAAAAGACAGAAGCGCUCUACGUGCUGGCGGCCCUGCUGCUUCUGAGCGAGGGCGUGGAUGUGCCGAUUGAGGCGAGUGGGUCGCGCGUUGUGCUGUUCUACGGCAAGGAGCAGAAGAGCAUUCUGCUGGAAGUGGAGGUGGAUGCGGAGGGCCGAGACGACGGCGCCCCAGAGGCGUCGCAUUUGGAGGUGUGCCAGGUCAUACAGUUUUUCAAAAAACACAAGGACGGCAGAAAGAGGCUUGCUACACACCAGGAGUUCGACUCCGUAGAGUUCAUGGAAAGCACACAGUUUCUGAUAAACUCAUACAUAAACAAGUAUAUAGAAGACAUGCCGGAAAUGACAUGUUUUCUGAUGCGCGUGUAUGAGCUCCUAGAUCGCUUGGGGGUGGCUUGCGACUUUUCAGAGAAGAACACAGCCUUUAGCAGGAUUUUCAUGCCCUUGGAAAGCAUGAGCGCGGCGCUGCGGCUUUUGGCGCCCGUUAUAAACAUGCAAAUGCACAUGGAGAAUUUAGAGGCAUUUGUGCCGGUUUUAAACGCACAAGAAAGCCUGGAGACUUUGGACAGGGCAGAUUGCAUGCGGAGCGCUCAGGGUAUCUGUGGAAACCCACUAUGCAAGGCGAUCGAUGGCGCGCAGCCUCCCAACAAGUCAGUUGGCUGCUGCGCCAAGCAAGGAAUGCAUGCGUUUUUUCUGUGUCUUGCGUAUUCCCCAGAAACGCAAAACUACGACAUCUACGAGAUGCUAAGCACGGCAGUUGACAGGGAGAAAGCCGGGGCUAUCCAGACAUUUUUUGAAAAAGAGACCGCGUACAUAAGGAAGGUUGCAAUGCACAAAGCCGACUUGUCGUGGAACUCGGUGUUUCCAGAUGCUCUGCACAGAGAUGCUGCAAGCUUUUCAGAAAGCCUGUCCAGGGCGGGCUCGGGAAUGCUGAACUUUUUGUACGCAGCCGCCGAAAUGACUGGGCAGCCUGCCGCGAUAGUCAAAAAAAUGCAAUGGUGCAGAGAGGUUGUGGGCAUAGGCUGUUUGCUAGACACCAAAACGGGGCUGAAAGUGCGCGAGUGCAUUCAAGAUCUCAUUCUCUCUCUGGCAGUCAACAAGCAGAUAAAGGUAGAGGCCGCGCGCACCAACAACGUUCUUGGGCCUGGGCAUGGAGAAUAUGGAAUGAACGAGCUGCUGUGCCUGACACACUUUGACAAAGACGGCGCACCAGAGCAAAAGCUGCAGCUUGUGUUUGCAGGGGGGCACAUGGGAGUUAUACAGAAAAUUCUUCCCCGGCUUUCUUUUUCCACUGAAGAGACAAAAGCCUUGCUAAGAAACAAGAGAAACUACAUGCUGCAGCACAGCUUUUGCGGCCGCAUUCUUGCCAAGUACAUUAACAUGAAGAUUCUAGAGCACAACCUAGUCAAGCCAGAACUUCGGUGCAUCGAGCUGAAAAUUGCUAUAGAAAGCGUAGUGUUGAAGCCCAUUGAAAGCCCAAACAGAAUAUUUCUGGUGUUUCCUGUUCAAGACUUAAGGUACAAAAUAGAUAUUAUCUGCGGCUGUUUGCUGCAGGCCAUGUGGCGCGGCAUCAAGCUGACACAAAGCCAUCCAAUUGCACUUCUUGUUUCCAACGUCGUUGGAAGCGUUCCGCUGGACAACAAAGAAAUUCGGUGCUGGACUUUAGGCGUUUUGGCGUUCACCGGCAUGCUGGAGACUCUAUGUCCGCUGGUGCAUCUUUCUUCGCCCAUGGCGCGCGAUCUCUUUGCAAACGCGCCUCUGCUGGAGAUACUAACGCCAUUCAAGGAAGACCAAAAAAUAUCCUGCAGGCAGACGAUUAUGCAGUAUUUUAGAGCGUACAGGGAAAAGACAAUGAGGCCCUUUUUUCACUGCAGAAUUAUUAACAACAGGCAGUAUCUGUGCGAGCUUUUUGAAUAUGUCUUUGCACAGCCAACAGCGUGCAAGGCAGAGGAGAUUUCCCAAAUCCUCUUAGAAGGGGUGGGCCCAGAAGAUCUGGAGCAGGCAAGGGUGCACAGCUGUGUGCUAAGCCUUGCAUGGCUGUGGCUUUCGGCGACGAGGCGCAAAGACGACCACGAGCUGGCCAUAAAAAUAUACAAAGCCAUUGACCUAAGUGCUGGAUACGCGCCGGUCUUUGAAAAGUUCUGGGCCAUUUGGGAAAAACCACAAGAGGAUGGCAUCGUGGAGAGAAUGGAGCUGAUGAAGGAGUCCUUGGUUGAAAAUGGCGGAAACCACAAGUUUGUGCAGGUUCUGAGUAUUUUAAAAGGAUAG